AUGGCGUCCGCUCCCCGCGUCGCGAGCCUAUGCGCCGCCGCCUGCCGCCGGGCGGCACCGCAAUUGGCCCGCCACCGCGUGACAGCCAUCAUCGCCAGCACGAAGCCGACGGCCACCGCGGCAGCAUUCACGACAAGCUCCCCGCGCCGCGCUGAGCGAGCCUUUGACGGCGACGAGGGCAGCGGCGAGGGCGCGCCCGUCGAACUCCGGCAGCUCGACAAGGCCUUCGCGGACCGGGCGACGCCCGAGGGGCUGCAGCAGCUGGACCGGCUGGCCAAGCUCAACGGCCACGCGACCAUCGAGGCGUACCUGGACGACAAGCUGCGGCACGCGCCGGGCUUCUCGACGCAGGACAAGCUGCUGACGGACGAGCUGGUGCGGGACGACUCGGGCGGCCGGCCGGACCGCCGCAACUUCUGGUACGACGAGGACGACCCGGACACUUUUACGGAGGAGCACGACGAGUUCAACGAGGACGACAUGAUGUCCAUGGCGCAUAAUAAGCUGGACGAGGUCCGGGAGAUGCGCCACUACACGAGGCUGGCCGUGUGGGAGAUGCCACUGUUGUCGAAACUCGCGAAACCUUUUGAACUCCCAAGGGCCGACCAGGUCCUCCGGUGGCGGUACACGACGUACAUGGGCGAGACGCAUCCGGCGGAGAGCAAGGUCGUGGUGCAGUUCGCCCCCGGCGACCUCGGCCUCACGCGCACGCAGACCUCCAAGCUGCGCAAGCUCGCCGGCGCGCGCCUCGACCCGGACAAGGACGUGGUCCGCAUCAGCUGCAGCCGCUACGAGCACCAGGCGCAGAACAAGCGGUACCUUGAAGACCUCGUGCUCGCGCUCGUCGCCGAGGCCAAGGACCCGCAGGACACCUUUGCCGACGUGGCCCUCGACACGCGCCACCACAGGACGAAAAAGGAGAAGCCGCGGUUCCCGCCGGAGUGGCGCAUGACGGGGCGGCGCAGGCAGGAGCUGGCGGAGCUGCGCAAGAAGGGCGCGGCGGAGGAGGCGAGGAGGCUGGAGGAGGGCCGCGUGGUGGACGGGCAGCGACGCAUCGACGGGUACCUGAUGGAGAGACUGGCGGAGGAACAGAAGAAGGCGGCGGCGGAGCCGGUGCCGGUGCUGGCGGGUCGUGGCCCGGCGGCGGCGCGCGCGAGGAGAUGA